GACUCGAUAUAAUAAUCAACAGACUUGCAAGGUGCCGCUGCCACGGAUGCGGUCAUUGUUUUUAUUGGGCUUGUUCGCUGCGACCUUGUGGCUGUGGAUGCCCCGUGGACCCGAUACGCUUUCAGCACCUGGAAAUUCAGAAGGAAUGGACAAUGUCGACAACGUUCCGCGCACGCUAUCGCUCGUUUCAAAUUUCUCGGGUACACCACCCAUCGAAAGCCACUCUCUGACAGUGGUACUCCCAAUUCUUCCCCAUCAUCUUGAAGGUCUCGACGUUUUAUUGUCUCCGUUUCUUGUUCCUUCCGACAAUAUUCGAGAAGUCAUUUUGAUCUGCCCACAGAACACCCUUUCAGAUGCGCGACGGGUACUCAAGAAGAUCCUAUCAUACAGUGGGACUGUUGACCACCCCAACCUUUCACUGCUACCCUAUACGAGCUCUUCGUCCCACAACAGCACACUUUUAAGUUCUGCGUCUCGAGUUAGAACGGAAUGGAUUCUUCUUCUCGAUGAGUGUGGCUUGAAAGGCCUCAGCAGUGGGCAGCGAGUUUAUCUACUCAAUCCACUAUCAAUCUCCCUACCAGUUGGACCUAAUGGUUUCCUCCGAUUUCCUGCCAAUGCUAGCUGUAUACCUGCCACUCGCGAUUUCGAGUCUGCCGACUAUCUCGUCCCACCUUUCGUGUCACCAACCCAUCUUUUCCCACGCACUUUCCCGCAUCUUGCCAAUUCUGAUCCUUGGCUAUAUUUUGGCGUCCACGUUGCGAAGACCCAUCUCGAGAUGAUAGGAGGAUUAGUUCUUCCUUCCAACAUCAACGACCUCAACUACUACGAACAAAAUCCUCACCCUUUAUCCCUCGAAAGGACUCAGAUAGAGCGCAGCCCGAAAGGAAUUAGAUCAGACGAUCGUACGCAAAAACGGCCCUCUCACUCAGCAUCAGCUUCGGGACAUUUCGUUCUGGUUUUUCCUCAUUUAGAAGACCUCCAUGCUUUCAUGCCUGUCGCCUGCAGACUCCACUCCGUUGGUCAUACUCUAUCGGUAUUACUAUACCAGGCCUCGUCGAGCGAUGCCAUGUAUUGUUCUUCCGAGGACUGCACUCUCCAUUGUUCGACGCUUUCUCAUACCACCCCAACCUUCAACCAUUGGCUAGAAUUUCUGGAUAUUUUGCCCGACGUUGUCUUCGCUUUGGACGUUCAAGAUUUCUUGUCCGUCACACUCACAAUGGUUCUUCUGCACGAGUCCUUCCGUGAAACCACGCUAAUUCGAUUACCUCGAACUGACCUACCGUACUCCGACUGGAUCGGCUCGCUCACACUUCGUGAACUCCGCAACUGGAACGUACCCGAAAUUACCAUUAGCGUCAUAACCGAUCAUAGGCCUCACUCCUUACAACGGUUGCUGACGUCCCUUACCAGUGCUCGGUACUUUGGAAAAAGAGUCGGACUGCGUAUCAACCUGGAACAAACUGCCGACCUCGAAACUUUGAGAGUAAUACAAGACUUCGAAUGGCGGCAUGGCGACGUCUUUGUCCAUCACAGGGUCAUACAUGGCGGUCUCCUCCCUGCUGUCGUCGAGUCAUGGUACCCAAAUUCAAACUACUCUUAUGGCUUGCUACUUGAAGAUGACAUCGAGGUGUCUCCCUUGUUCUUUGCGUGGAUCAAGAUGACUGUCUUGAGGUAUCGCCUUUACCAGCAGAAAAUGAUCGAGCUCAGACCAGAAGGCCGGAGAUUCUUCGACGCUAUGGCGCUCUUCACCACCAAUGACAUUCCGAACCCUGAUACACCCUACCUAUCCCAGAUACCCUGCAGCUGGGGCGCAGUCUACUUCCCAGAACACUGGCGCGAGUUCCACGACUACCUCUCUAUCCGCCUAUCCGAGUAUUCCAUGAAAAUCCACGAAAACGUGGUCCCCGACAUCCGCUCCAACAAGUGGGUCAAGUCAUGGAAGAAAUACUUCAUCGAGCUCGUCUAUCUCCGUGGCUACGUCAUGCUCUAUCCCAACUACGCCAACUUCACCUCGUUGUCCACCAAUCACCUCGAGGUCGGCUCGCAUGUCAAAGACCAGCCGGAGGACGAAUACCUCCGCAAGAAAGCGUUGUUCAUGCUUCCCUUGAUGUCGUUGCCGAAUGCGUCGGGGCUCUCUUCCCCCGGCCUGCUUGACUUGCCGAAGAAGAAACUCCCCUCCUUGUCUUCCUUGCCUGUUCUAGAUCUCAUGGGAAGGCUGUCUUCGGCAUCAGACCUAUUGGAACGAGGCACCAAACGUCGGACGGAGCUCACUGGACUGCAGCACUACCACCUCUCUGACUCACGAUGCUCGUGA